GCCGGGCGGGGCACGAUGCAGGCGCGGCGCCUGGCCAAGCGCUCCAGCAUGGGCAGCCGGCGGCUGAGCGCGGGGCCGGCGGCCGCGCAGGCGGACGGGGCCCGGCCCCCCAAGCCCGAGAGCGCCUGGAGGCCGCCCCGGCGGGAGGGCUCGGCCGCCGCGGUGGAGGAGGAGGACGAGGACGAGGACGUGGUGGUGGAGGUGGAGGAGGAAGAGGAGGAGGAGGAAGGCGGCUUGGGGAGCCCCCCCCCGGCGCUGAGCGCCCACGGCAAGGGCCCCCUCCGGGCGAGCCUCAAGGUGCGUCCGGGCGGACGGGAGGCGGCGGGCGGGCCGGGCCGGAGCGCGCGCUCCCCGCUGCCGGCGGGCGGACGGGAGGCGGCGGCGGCCGCGGGGCGGGCAGGGCCCGUGCCUCGGGGCGGGCUGCGGCGAGAGCGGCCCCUCCGCCCGCGACCGGCGCUCAACAAGUCCCGCACAAAGCGGCGGCGGUGCGCGGGCACCCGGAGCGGGGCCGGAAGGGCUACGGGGUGCGAGCGUCCCCGGGAGGGAGCGCGGCGGGAGGGCGGCGGCGGAGGGGGCUGA